UGGCACAGGUGUUUCGGUAUAUACCGGUAUAGUUUCGCGUAAGAUCAAGAGUUCAGUCUGUGUGCGCUUACGGACCGCGGAAGACCGCAGACGUGUCGCUUGUUUUCAUUGUCGAAAGUAAAGGGUUUUUCCUCAUCACCUUGAGGUUGUGUUGGCGGCGGUGGACUGAAAGUUUGGAACAUGCGAAUGGUUAGACAAGAGUGUUUAGCUUCAAGGAAAGUUUAACUCAAAUCAGCAAUCAUGAGUUCAGCAAAGCAUGAUGACGUCAGCAGGCCUAAAAAGGGGCGUUCCAAGAAAUCGCAAGUUCCCCUCCCAGGCCCCUGGCGCAACUCCUCCUGGGUCAACAGCUUCGGAGGCAAAGGGGCCAGUCCUCUGAAGUACCAGGAAGUCAGCCCCAGCUUCAUCCUGAGACAGCUGCUGCUUCUGGUCGAAAAGGGCAAGUUCGUCGACGCCUCGCAACUGGUGAACAAGAUCUCGAUGGAUUCCUUGAAGGACAUCGUGAUGGACAUCCCCAUGGAGAUGGUCAUUGAACGCAUCCCACAAUCUCUCAUUGUGUUGGAGAGUUUGUACUCCAGGCUCUUCAUCAGUGACGCCGACAGCUUCCCCAUUGAGCAGUUCCAGGUUGAAGUGAUGGUCUUCCACGUCGUGCGCUACCUGUCCAUGCUGGAGAGCGGUGUGGGCUUUAAACACCCAAAGCCCGAGGAUGCCAAGAAGUCCAUCAUGAACAUCUUACGGAUCGUCCUGAACGUGAAUCCAGACCUGAUUCGGACUCUCUACAAGCGCAAGAAGCUCAUGGACACGGCCCUGCAGGGAAUCGGGGAACACGGCCUCAUAGAAGUGAAAGGGUCUCUGAUCACCCUCCAUGACGCCUUGAAGCUGGAGAUUGGGAGGAACAUCACGGCGUACAAGGGUGCUGUCAACACCCUGGAACACUUGAACCUCUCCAAAAGCAAGUCGGUCUCGCUAAAGGUCAACGGCGACAAGAAAUCGGGACAUAACCACCAAGCCCUCACAAAACUGAACGAGAACCAAGUCAAGAAUCGCCUGUUCAAAAACAAGGCCUUGCUGAACGCCAUCGAAUCCCACAUCAAUACCCAGCUCCCGGCCCUGGUCUCCACCCUCAAAGACCGGAUAGAGUACGACAAGAGCGCCCUGCUCGCGUUCGGGAAACUGAAGUCGGAAAUCAAGACCUUUUCAUCCCACACCAAAGUGGUCCCCCUCUUGGCCCAGUACUCCAAGAGCCUGCGCUCAGUACUUGACAUGUUCAAAGAGCUGCUUGACGAGCACUGCUUGUCCGAUAAGAGCUCCUACUCCACUCUGGGUUACCAUAGCGACGAGGAGGACAUGCUCAGUGUGCAGGAAGCGUCCGAGGAUUCAACAAGCCAGGAAGCAGUCGUCCAGCCAGAAACAGACGAAAGUGAUAUGCAGGAAGUCCCAUCAACCAUUGCGCAGAUCUUGAACCCACCGGCCGACGAGAGCAGCCACGACAAACUGAGCCUUCCCGGCGAGGAGAUUCCAGACAAGCGAUCUCGCUGGUGGAAGAGCCACCGACGGUCCCACUCCUUGGAGAUCGGCGGAUCGAGUCGCAACGGGAACCGACAGUCUGUCGUCAUCAGCGAGCCCGUUGGCAGGCCGCGCUCUCGCACCAGUUCCGUGGACCGCGGAAGCAUCUCCAGGCCCCGCCGGGAUAGCGUGGAGGAAAGCCAGGAGUUCAAGACGAUGAUGACGCGAAUCCGUGAAAUGUCUGGCUCCUCACCAGCUAUUGGCCGUCGCCAGUUGGAACGCCGCGGUAUCAGCCAACCACGGAGCAGAGAUUCGUCCAUCUCGCCUGCUGCUCUACGAAGGCACUUCUUCGGAGGAGGCGGAUCUGGAGAGCAAACCCCUUCCAUCAGCUCUCAGACUGAAUCCAAAGACGACCCGGAUGUUAUUUAUGCGUCCAUCAAGCCCAAAGGUCAGAGGUCGCAGGCAUCUGACAAGGAGAUCAAAGCUGAAUCCAAAGACGACCCGGAAGUUAUUUACGCGACCAUCAAGUCCAGAGGUCAGAGGUCGCAGACAUCCGACAAGGAGAUCAAAGCUGAAUCCAAAGACGACCCGGAAGUUAUUUACGCGUCCAUCAAGCCCAGAGGUCAGAGGUCGCAGGCAUCCGACAAGGAGAUCUUGAAAGCGGGCCCCAGCCUGGCCCAGAAACUGGAGGACGCGCUGCGGGACCGCGACCGCCUGGCCGAGAGCGAAAAGAAGCUGAAACGGGAGAACGAGCAACUCAAGGAGACGCUGCGCUUGAUUACCAUGGAGAUGGAAUCGAUGAAUGGCAGAGAGACAGAAUCUGCAAACGAGGAAGUGUUUUCACCUGGUCCUGCUGCUCAAGAAGGUCCAACUGUAUUCUCUCAGCGAACAUCGGAGUCAAAGGAGGAGCCACCAUUACAGUCUUCAGCAAAGGAAUCCUCUGUUCCUACCGAUGGUGGCAGUAGCAUCUCAGAUCAGGUACUGACAACAUUCCCCGAACCGAUUCCAGCCCCACAGCAAUUCUCCAACCCAGAGCCAACUGUAACCCCAUCUCCUACUUCCAAAGGAGCGGCAGUUCCACCAGUUUCACCAGUUUCACAAGAAUCUCCAAUGUCACCCCUGACACCGAUUUCGCCUCUGGAGCCAGUUUCUCCGUCUUCGUCUAGCAAGGAGAAUGCUUUGCCUCCAGGGUCUAAAAAGACGGCAUCUUUUGUCGAGAAGCAGAAGGCUAUUCUUAGAGAGCAAGCAGAGCGCUUGAAACAGUCCUCCUUCAAGGCACAGGUACCACUGGAAGAGCUGCCAGAGUCCAGUGUCAGGCAGCAGAGGGCCUCCAUCGAGCUAAAGCUGAAAGCUGAACUGGAAACAUCCCCGCCUCCAGUUAAACGGCCGUCGAAUCCUGUUCUGAAGCCUGACCUGCCUGGGCCAGAACCACCAGAACCACAAGUCCCCUCCCUUGAACAGCAGGAAGGAUCUGAACAGGCAAAGCCUGCUGAGCAGUCUCAGGACACGGCAGUCCAGGAGAACAACCAACAAUCAUCUCCAUCCUCUCAGGAUCAGAAGCCUCCCGCCGAACCAUCGCAGCCCAAUGAUGAGCCUCCAGAAGAGCCUGUUGAAAAACAGGAGACUCCAACCGAGCAGAAACCACCAAUGGACCACCAGGAGUCAAAACCAUCAACAGACCUCCAGGAGCAGGCCAAACCUCCUACGCAGACCAAUCAUCAACCCAAGCCCGCCUCUCCCAAGAAAGCAAAAUCGGCCACGUUCUCUGCUCAGCUUCACCUGAGGCCCAUCCCGGAGUCCUCCUCCCCGACUACCCAACCUAAGGCAUCCAGCCUCAAGGAGGUGCCAGACAACCGGCUGAGCAAGAACGGCGAAGUGAAGAAGCAGAAGAAGAGCUACACCCACACCAACCGCCAUCUGCCCAAGAAUCUGAUCCGUCACGUGACCGGUGAUCUACUCUAUCACUACGACAAACUGUACUCCGAACAGCGGGCUGUUGCCUGGACUUGUCUAACCAUCCCGCCCGAGGACAAAGACGCUUUGCUUUUCUCAGUUAUUGUGUUUGCAUUUCAGAGCGCCCAGACCACCGUCCACGAGCUUCACAUGGCCAGGGCUCGCAUGCUUCUUAUCCCGGCCACGGACGACGAGGAGAGCGUCAGCAGCUACACUAUGGACAUCCCGCCAGACAACCGGUCACAGGUGGAGCUCUUGGAACAUCUACGCAAGAUGGGGGACAGCUUCGAUCUUACUCCCAUGAUCACGGAUGUAAUGGAACAACUCUUUGAGAUAACGGAGCACGUUGACAUCCUGCAGAUCUCUGCCGCAUUCAAGAAGUUUGUCACGAGUUGCGUCAGCUUAGCCUGGCGCUUGUCCAUCCAGAGCGCCCCCUACGUCAUCGACUUCGAGCUGCGAUCCUUCGACCCGGCGCUCCACCAGAGGGUCCCGGGCUCCAACCGCAAGAGCGCGCGAGUCAAGGAGCACAUUUGGCCGGCUCUGCUGGAGUCGACCAAAGGGAUGUGCGUUUACAGAGGUGUGGUGCUUACAUGAUGGCCGUCAUCUGUUUAGACACGUUGGUAACUUAGGUUUUCAGGAUUUGAAUGGGGAAAAAAAGGAGAUUAUCAUAUAUAUGGGCAGUGUUAAGGCUAUGAAACAACUGGAUAUGAGUUACUAUUAAGGAAAUAAAUAUGUGCUUGGCCAGUUUUAAACAAGUACAUUUAAAACCAGCUGUGGAGCUGGACGCUGAUAAUCUUGAUUUUACAUCAACCAUGCAGCUAUAAGAGUAAGCCAGCAUGUCAUGUGGCAAGCCUGCUGCAAGCUUGCAGGCUAUCACGCAAGCUUGCAGGCUAUUACGCAAGCUUGCAGGCUAUCACGCAAGCUUGCAGGCUAUCACGCAAGUUUGCAGGCUAUCACGCAAGCUAGCAGGCUAUCACGCAAGCUUGCAGGCUAUCACGCAAGUUUGCAGGCUAUUACGCAAG